AUGUCCGACGCAGCGGAAUGGACGGAGCUCUCCAACUGUUUUUAUCGCGUACAGCCUUUGCCAGACCUGCAAUGGCAGGACGUGGACCUAUCAGAGCUCAUGGUCGCCUGUGCGCCUUACGGCGGACCAAUCGCCACAGUCCGCGAUCCGAAUCACCUCCCCAGGCGCGGCAGUAGCGCAGGCUCGGCAGCAGGUUCGGCAGCGCAGGGUCGGCAGUACAUAUCAGUGUUCUCAGCAGCUGGGCGGCCGAUCUCGCGGUUUCUGUGGGAGCCUCCUGGAGGGAGGCUGAUGGGGUUGGGGUGGAGGGAGGAUGCUGUGGGGGGCCUGGUGCUUGUAACGGUGCUUGAGGAUGGCACUGUUCAUCAGUGUUCAAUGCAUGGGAAGGGCACUCUGCCCCGUAUCCCCCUCCACACGACUAACCUAGAAGGCAUUAUGGAGGCUCACAUAUUCGGCAUGCGAGGAGGGGGGGGACAAGGGGGCAAUAUGGGGGGAGAUGGCGCCGAGGGGGAGGCAGGGGAUGGGAGUGGGGGAGAAGAAGGGGGGAGGAGUGGUGGGGAAGGGCGUGUGGCGGCGGGAGUGGUGUGCUUGACUGAGAGCUGUCAGCUGCUGGCAAUGGUGGACUUUGAUGACCCAGAGGUCUUCCCCCUGGCGGACCCUGGCCUAUCAGAGCCGCCCGCCUGCAUGGCCGUGCUGGAGCCUGUGCUGACGUCAGCGGAUGACGUCAGCGUUCCCCAGGUGGCGGUGCUGCUUGGCACGGAGGCGGCUCUGCUGCGAGCGGAUGGGGAGAUGGUGCAGCGCGUGGGCGCCCCUGAGAUGUCCACAGCAGUGCAGUGCAUGGCAGUGUCAGCUUCCGGGAAGCUUCUGGCAUGCUUCACGGCCGAUGGGCAGCUGCAUGUGCUGCUGACGUCAGACCUCUCCCGGCGGAUUUCCCACUAUGACACCCAGACCUCUCAAGGCAGAUCUCCCACUAUGACACCCAGGUGGGUGGGCGGUUCUCCUCUCCUGGCAGGCAGCAUUCCCCCACCUGGCAGCAUCCCCCACCUGGCAGCAUCCCCCACCUGGCAGCAUCCCCCACCUGGCAGCAUCCCCCACCUGGCAGCAUCCCCCACCUGGCAGCAUCCCCCACCUGGCAGCAUCCCCCACCUGGCAGCAUCCCCCACCCUCAUGCUCAUGGGCCCUGGGGAUGCCAUCACGCUCUCCCUGCUUCUUGCCCACACACCCCUCUGUUGCCCCGUGCCUCUGUGCCUCCAUGCCUCCGCUCCUCGUCUGCAGAUCGUGCUACCACCAGACGCCAUGGCAUGGUGUGGAGAGGACGCGGUGCUGCUCUCCUGGCAGCACCCCCCUGCCCUCAUGCUCGUGGGCCCUGGGGACGCAAUCACGCACUCUCUUCCCUGCCCUGCCUGUCCUCCAAUGUCUCUACUCUACUGCGUGUGUGUGCAGAUCGUGCUACCACCAGACGCCAUGGCAUGGUGUGGCGAGGACGCGGUGCUGCUCUCCUGGCAGCACCCCCCUGCGCUCAUGCUCGUGGGGCCUGUGGAUGCAAUCAAUGUGCCGGCGCCAGCAUCAGCCCUCGACACCAGCACCAGCACCACCGACAGUCGCCUGGUCCUCAUCCCCGAGUGUGAUGGCGUGCGCCUGCUCUCCUCCUCUCACUCCGACUUCAUCUCUCGAGUCCCUGAACCCACCGUAGCCGCUUUUGCCCUCGCCAGCACAGCUCCCCCUGCUCUGCUCCUAGAGGCCUUCGGGCUGUUUGAGAGGCGGUCAGGGAAAGCGGAUGAGCAUGUGAGGGCGAUGGGACCGGCGGUGAUGGGGGAGGCGGUGCGAGGGUGCAUGCACGCUGCUGCUCAUGAAACUGAUGUGGAUGGGCAGAAGCGGCUUCUGUCUGCUGCUGCUUUUGGCAGAGCAUUCUGCAGGAAGUUUCCCCGGGAUCGCAUGAUGAGUCUGUGCAAGGACCUGCGGGUGCUGAACGCGGUGCGGAGGGCAGAGGAGGACGGGCUUACCAACGGCGUUCGAGCCAUGGAGACAGCUGGCAUGCCUCUCACUUACUCUCAGUACAAGGAGCUCACUCCAGCACGUCUCAUUGCCCGCCUGUGCUCCACACACCACCAUCUGCUCGCCCUUCGAGUUGCUGCCUUCCUCGGCCUUCGCACUGAGAGUGUAUUGGAGCACUGGGCGAUCUCCAAGAUCCUAUCUGCGUCGCAAAUGUCCAACGAAGUGCUCUACGACACCAUAAUAAAGCAGAUCGACACGGACAAGCGCGGCAGCCUCGCAGUGUCGUUUGCUGCUGUCGCAACAGUAGCCUUCCACACAGGCAGGCACGAGCUGGCUACUCGGCUGCUGGAGAGGGAGGUUCAUACUGGCCGGCAGGUGCGACUGCUGUUGGAGAUGGGGGCGUUUGAGGCGGCUGUGUGGAAGGCAGAGGCAGGGCCAGAUGCGGAAUUCGUGUUCCAAGUGCUCUUUCAACUGCUCGAUAAGGUGAAUUUAUGCUCCCUCGCUUGCUUUCUUCUCAAUAGGUGCAUUGCUGAUGGUCGGAAAUCCGACAUUCCCCUGCUCAUGCGAUUCUAUGAGCGCUCCUCAAUGCACCAGUGUGUGGCAGAGCAGAUUGUGGAUCAGGGGAUUCUGGAGGGCGGAAACAGGUUGGGGGCAGGGGCAGCGGAGAGGGUGAGGGAGCUGGAGGCAGCAGCAGAGCUGCUCUCGAGGACCAGAGACCACGGGUUUCAGGCGAAAGCAGUGGAAGAUUCCGUGAAGCUCCUGCGCUUUCAGCAGCAGUUGGAAGCAGGAGGGAUGCAGCUUCUCCCACCCACCACCACUGCUACUGCCACUGGUGCAAGGGAGGGCGUGGGGAUUGGGGAGGAGGAGGGCAGGAGGAGGAGUGUGGUGGGAGCGAGUGUGAAUGAGACGAUUGCGGCUUGCCUGGCCGUGGGGAACCACAGAGAAGCUCAGAAGCUGAAGAGCGAUUUCAAGGUCCCUGAGAGGCGUUUCUACUGGCUGAGACUCCAAUCUCUGGCGCGCCUAAGGGACUGGGAGGGGCUGGAGAAGCUGUUCAAGGAGCGGCGGCCUCUGGUGGGCUUGAGGGCGUUUGUGGAGGCGUGUGUGGAGCAAGGCGCUGUGGUGGAGGCUGCUAAAUACGUCGGCAGGAUUGCAGAUGCGGGUGAAAGAGAAGAGCUGUCGCGGCGGUUCAACCUUCCAGACCUGACAUCCGAAGCAGCAGCUGCCGCAGCAGCAGAGAGGGGCGAGGGUGCAAUUCUCGUACUACUGCCGUUGACUCAAGUCGCCGUUCGCGUGAGCGCUGCUGCUCUGCCGUGCAGCAAGUCUCCCGUCGCUGGAUUCGCGAAGAAAGUUACGCUGGCACCGGGGCUGGUAUUCCACUGGAAGGUGCUGUACGGAAACACGCUCCGCGCCGCGAUCAUCGCGCAGGCUAGCAGCGGCGCGAAUAAGGGGUGGGUCGCGGUCGGGUGGACCAAGGCCGCGGGGAAAAUGUACCCCGCGGACGCCGUCGUGGGGAAUCUGGGCAGCAAGCCGGGUGCAGUCGAGCCGUACGCGAUGACCAGCUACAGUGCUGUAACGAAGUCGACCGCUUUUACUGUAACGAGGGGAAUUGUAUCGCGGAAAUCGCGGUCUACAGUCAUCAGGUUCACUCGCAGCGGCUCAUCGGGAUUGUCGCCGAUCAACUACAAGGGCACCAACAACAUGGUCUGGGCCUACUCCGUUGACGGCUCCACCGCGAUAGGCGGCCACGGUGCCAACCGGGGCUCUGCGACUGUUGACCUCGCGUGCAAAAUCGGAUGA